GCUUUUUUUUUUCUUGCAUCUCAUUCAUCUUGCAUUCCUUCUCACUGAUCCUUCUUCCUCAUUCAUUCGACCUUAACCAGUCCGACGCCCUUUGCCUCAACUUACAGACGUACAUCAAUAUCACACAAUGGUCGCUACAAACAUCACCUGGCAUCACGGCGCCUUCACUCGCGAUGAGCGUCAGAAGGAAUUAAACCAGAAGGGUCUCACCAUCUGGUUCACUGGCCUGUCUGCAUCCGGCAAGUCAACAUUGGCUUCUGCCCUGGAGCAGCAUUUGGUCUCUCUCAAGAUCGCAGCCUACCGUCUCGAUGGCGACAACAUCCGCUUUGGAUUGAACAAGGAUCUCGGCUUCGGACCUGAUGCCCGCACAGAGAACAUUCGCCGCAUUGCCGAGGUCUCGAAGCUGUUUGCGGACUCGACUCAGAUCGCCAUUACAGCAUUUAUCAGCCCUUACAUUUCGGACCGAGAUGCUGCUAGGAAGUUGCACGAGGAGGCCAACAUCCCCUUCAUUGAGAUUUUUGCUGAUGCCCCCUUGUCCAUUGUCGAGGAGCGUGACCCUAAGGGCUUGUACAAGAAGGCCAAGGCUGGCGAGAUCAAGGAAUUCACCGGCAUCUCUGCACCAUAUGAGGCCCCAGUCAACCCCGAGAUCCACAUCCACACGGACAAGGUCUCGAUCGAGGAGGGUGUUCAGAUCAUUCUCGACUACCUCCGCGCAAAGGAGUUCAUCCCCCAGCUGUAGAAAAUACACUCCUCUUAUUAGAAUAAAAACUCUCCGCUGCACUUUUAGGUUUUGCCACCAUUUUGCCAC